UGGUCAGGAAAGCAGGCAAAAUUCAUUAGGAUAGAAUUAGGACCUCAAUGUUUCAGAGUUCUUGUCAAAUUCUAAGUCUUCGAGAAAAACUUUAAAAUAGAACCAUUAUAUAAUUGUUGUAUUGUGCACUUUGUUGUUUAGUUUUCUACGAAUUUUCUGAGUGAGACGGCAUUUGGCAAAGAUAUGGCAGCCACCAUAGAGGAUGCAAUCCCUCAAUCUAAGCUUCCAUAUGAUCAUCAACACAAUGUCGACAUUGCAGGUGUUGCUUUAGGCGAUAAGGAAGAAGAAGUUAAUGACAAUCCAAUCGAACAAGUAAGACUAACAGUUCCAAUCAGAGAUGAUCCUACAGAACCAGCAUUGACGUUCAGAACAUGGGUUCUUGGGAUAAUGUCGUGUGUGCUUCUUGCAUUUGUGAAUCAAUUCUUUUCAUAUCGUUCAAAUCCGCUAGGUGUUUCUGCAGUUUCAGCACAAAUUAUUGCUCUUCCACUAGGAAAGUUGAUGGCCAAAGUACUUCCAACAAAACAGAUUAAAAUUCCAUUGACAAAAUGGUCAUUUUCAUUGAAUCCAGGGCCUUUCACUUUGAAAGAACAUGUUUUGAUUACCAUAUUUGCAAGUUGCGGAGCAAGUGGUGUUUAUGCAGUGAACAUUCUUACUGCUGUUAAGGCCUUCUACAGAAGGCCUAUCCAUCCUGUUGCAGCUAUGUUGCUUGUACAAACAACUCAGUUGCUUGGGUAUGGAUGGGCAGGUAUUUUCAGAAAAAUACUUGUGGAUUCACCAUACAUGUGGUGGCCCUCAAAUCUUGUCCAAGUCUCUCUAUUCAGGGCAUUAAAUGACAAGGAGAAGAGGCCAAAAGGAAGACUUACUAGGCUACAAUUCUUUACUAUCGUUUUCAUAGCAAGCUAUGCAUACUAUAUCAUUCCAGGCUACCUUUUCCCUUCCAUAUCUACAAUCUCCUUCAUUUGUUGGAUAUGGAAGGACUCUGUCACUGCUCAACAGAUUGGUUCAGGGCGAAAAGGGCUCGGUAUUGUCUCCUUUGGCCUUGACUGGUCAACUGUUGCUUCCUUCUUGGGGACUCCUCUGGCCAUGCCUUUGUUUGCAAUUGCAAACACUCUUGCUGGUUUUUUCGUGGUUCAGUAUAUAAUUGUGCCUAGUUUAUAUUGGAGUAAUACAUAUGAUGCUAAAAAAUUCCCCAUUUUUUCCUCUCGUACAUUUGACAACGCUGGUCAGAUAUACAAUAUUACUCGAAUUCUGAAUCAGAAAAAUUUCGACGUUAAUCUAGAUGCUUAUAACAAUUACAGCAAGCUUUAUCUCAGUGUUCUAUUUGCAAUCAAUUAUGGACUCAGUUUUGCAUCUCUGACGGCUACUAUUUCACAUGUCCUACUUUUCGAAGGAAAGACAAUUUGGAAUAUGUGGAGGAAGACUGCUGGUGCAUUGAAAGAUCAAUUUACUGAUGUGCAUACAAGAUUAAUGAAGAAGAACUAUGAAGAAGUCCCUCAAUGGUGGUUUGUGACAAUCUUGGUUAUAUCUGUGGCUCUAAGCCUUUUAGCAGUAGAAGGUUUUAAUAAACAAUUACAACUUCCAUGGUGGGGGCUUCUCCUAGCUUGUGGGAUUGCUCUUUUUUUCACCCUGCCUAUUGGUGUUGUUCAGGCCACAACAAACAUGCAAAUGGGGCUAAAUGUGAUCACAGAAUUGAUUAUCGGAUAUAUAUAUCCCGGGAAGCCUCUUGCAAAUGUGACUUUCAAGACAUAUGGUUACAUCAGCAUGAGUCAAGCCCUGACCUUUGUGCAAGAUUUCAAGUUAGGACAUUAUAUGAAAAUACCUCCGAAAUCAAUGUUUCUUGUUCAGUUAGUUGGAACAAUAGUUGGUUCAACUGUCUACUUUGCGACGGCAUGGUGGCUUCUGUCAACUGUUGAAAACAUAUGUCUCCCAGAUUUAUUACCAGAUGGAAGUCCAUGGACAUGCCCCGGCGACGAUGUCUUUUACAAUGCAUCAAUCAUAUGGGGAGUGAUAGGCCCUCUCAGAAUGUUUGGGAAGUUAGGUGUCUACUCUCAGUUGAAUUGGUUCUUCCUGAUAGGUGCGGUUGCCCCAAUUCCAGUAUGGUUAUUGACUCGCAAAUUUCCUGAGAAGAAAUGGAUAAAGCUUAUUCAUAUGCCUAUUUUCUUAUCAGCCACAAUAAGUAUGCCACCAGCUGGACCUGUGCAUUACUGGUCUUGGGGAGCUGUUGGAUUAUUCUUUAACUUUUAUGUAUACAGAAAGUACAAGAGAUGGUGGGCAAGGCAUAACUAUAUUUUAUCAGCUGGUUUAGAUGCUGGUAUUGCUUUCAUGGGAAUAGUAAUCUUCUUUGCCCUUCAAUCUCAGAACAUCUAUGGUCCUCAGUGGUGGGGUCUGGAUGGAACUGACCACUGUCCCUUGGCAAAAUGCCCUACUGCUCCUGGAAUUGUUGCUAAGGGAUGCCCUGUUGUCCAGUAACUAACUUGCUUGAGGAAAAAUAGUUCUAAUUUA